AUGGUGCAAGAUCGGGCGAAAGGGGAGGCUUUUGUUUUCUACUUGAGUUGUGACAUCUCUUCGCAGGUGCACGUUCGUGUAGAUCACCUUGUGGGGCAGUUGCGAGACAAAGGCAAACACAAUAUUGGACAGGGAGGAGGUGGAGGAUCCCUUGAUGAGGGGGUCGCCCCGGCAUUCUAUGUAGUCGGGCAGCUUUGUGCCUUUGGUGAGGUACUUGGGUUGCCAGCUCGCGCACCCAUCGCACAGGCCAGGUCUGACGGAUGCAGCUGGGGCUCUAUUCUCUCCUUCCCCUUGAAGUACUGCGACCUGGCGCAGGAUGCGCAGUUGGCGCUGACAGUGUGGCAGAUCCAAGAGGGCCAGCCGCAGACGCCGCUGGGGGGAGCCACCUUGCGGCUGUUCAGCAAGAAGGGGCGGCUGAAGAGCGGGCAGCAGGAGCUGUGUCUGUGGGCUGGCCGAGAGGCUGACAUGGCCUGGCCAUCUGCCACACCCGCCAAGCUGCCUGUGGCCCAGCGUGGCGAGCAGGGGCGGCUGGAGCAGCUUAUGAAAAGGUACAACCGAAGGGAGAUUGCGCCAGUGGAAUGGCUGGACCAUCUGACGCUGCAGCGGAUACAGCAGUACCGGGGACAGGAGGAGAAGGAUGGGCAGAGCGGGCGCCUUGUGCUGCAGGUGGAGUUGCCCACCUUCCCUCAUGCGGUUGUGUACCAGCAGGCUGCGACUGCGCCGGCCACCCCGGCCGACCUGGCCGGCACCACAAGCGAUCGCAGCGGGCCUAACCUGCAAAUCAUCUCAGACCCAGAGGUGGGCCGCGAGAACCCCUCAGAGCUGAAGGCGGCCAAGCUGGCGCGCAGCAUGGCCCGCGGCGUGGAGGACAGGGACCUCAAGCCCAACACAAAGGAGCGGCAGCAGAUCGAGGCCGUCAUUGUGGCUCCCCCCAACAGGCCGCUGACGGCGGAGGAGCGGGCGCUGGUGUGGCGGUUCCGGUGGAGCCUGACGGGAGAGCCGCGCGCGCUCACCAAGGUCCUGCGCUGCGUCGACUGGGGCGACGCACGCGAGGCACGCUCCGCCGGCGACCUCAUCGCCCGCUGGGCCCCCAUCGGCCUCGCCGACGCCCUCGAGCUCCUCUCCCCCGCCUUCUCCAACCCCGAGGUGCGUGCGCAUGCGGUGGAGGUGCUGAAGCGCACGGAGAAUGAGGAGCUGCUGUACUACCUGCUGCAGCUGGUGCAGGCGCUGCGCUACGAGGCGGGCGAUGACUCGCGCCUGGCCUCCUUCCUGGUGCAGCGCGCCAUCUCCGACCCCACCCUUGCCAUUUCCCUCCACUGGUACCUGUAUGUGGAGUGGGAGGAUCCGGUGUUUGGCCCGCGGGCGGCGUCGGUGCACAAGCGGCUGCAGGAGGGGCUGACCUCCAGCGAGGACGCUUCACACUCCAUGGCCGCCAUCUCCGCCCAGAUGGGCCUCGUCGCCCAGCUGCGCCACAUCGCCAACGAGCUCAAGGGCACGGCGGCGAAGAAGGCGGAGCAGCUGCGGCGGAUGGUGGGCGAGUACGGGCAGUGCGGCGAGCUGGCCUACCUAAAAUGCCCCCUGCCGCUGGACCCGGGCGUGCUCCUUACGGGCAUCCUGUCCGAGGAGUGCUCCGUCUUCAAAUCCGCCCUCGCCCCCCUGCGCCUCACCUUUCGAACUGCCGCUUUGAAGGAGGGCCGCUACCAGGUCAUCUACAAGAAGGGGGACGACCUGCGGCAGGAUCAGCUGGUGGUGCAGAUAUUCUCGCUCAUGGACCGCCUGCUCAAGCGCGAAAAUCUCGACCUGCGGCUCACGCCAUACAGGGUGUUGCCCACCUCAGCGGAGGAUGGAUUGAUAGAGUGCGUGCCCUCCAUGGCCCUUGCGCGCGUUAUAGCAGAGCACAAGUCCAUCCACCGCUACUGGGCCCUCUACAAUGCAGAUCCCUCAGGGCCGUAUGGGCUGAAGGCGGAGGUGCUGGACACGUUUGUGAAGAGCUGCGCGGGUUACUGCGUGAUGACGUACAUCCUGGGCGUGGGCGACCGCCACAACGACAACCUCAUGCUCACGCCCGACGGCCGCCUCUUUCACAUCGACUUCGGCUUCAUCAUGGGGCGCGAUCCAAAGCCGUGGCCGCCGCCGUUCAAGCUGAGCCGGGAGAUGGUGGAGGCAAUGGGGGGUGCGGAGAGCGAGCUGUACCGGGCAUUCUGCGCGCACGCCUGCGAGGCCUACAACAUCCUGCGCAAGAGCGCCGGCCUCAUCCUCUCCCUCUUCCACCUUAUGGCCGGCGCCGCCAUCCCAGACAUCCGCUCCGACCCUGAGAAAGCCAUGCUCAAGCUACAGGAGAAGCUGCGGCUGGGGGAGGAUGACGAGGUGGCCAUAGAGUGGAUGCAGCAGCUGAUUAGCGACAGUUCCAGCAACGCCAUGGCCGGAUUCAUGGAGGCCACCCACCGCAUCGCCCAGGCCCUGCGAUAA